AGCUAAUCCUGUCAUAUUGCAAGAAAAUUGUAAAUGUUGUCUCCAGAAAUUGUCCUCCCAUUGCAGUUAAUCGAACAUACACACGAAUACAGACCCACUCGCCUGCUGUACCAAAGGCGCCGGGUGCAGAGACCCGCUCCAGCGAGCGCACGCGCGCGCACACACACACGCACACACACACAACACACACACACACACGCACACACACACACGCGCACACACACGCACACACACGCACACACGCCAGCCUGCGGGUUGGCCAGAGCCUUGAAACCGCAGAUCCCACUAGAUAUAGCCACAGGCACCGAAGGAGGUGUUGCUUCUACACUAUUUACUACUUUCCCAAGCACUUGGGUGAAGAAAUGCAUUCCACCCAGCUCUCCAGUUCAUCCAGAUCUCUUGUUUUGUUUUGCUCUCCAGAGUCGUCGUCUUCGUGAAAGCCAGAUCAAGGGAGAGAGCGAGCUGGCGGCUGGCCUCGGGUUUUGAGCGGUGCGCAGCUUGCGCCGGGGCAGGUCAGCCCCGAACCCGCGAAGGGCCCCUCGCUCCUGCCAGCCUGCACCAAGGAAAUCGCAGCCCCGAGAGGCGGCUGGAGCCAAACCAGCGGCAGGUGUAAAUGUGUAUUUGGCUCCUUGGCUACUGACUAGAGGACACAAAAUGAAUAACUCAACAAACUCCUCUGACAGUGGCCUGGCUCUGACCAGUCCUUAUAAGACAUUUGAGGUGGUGUUCAUUGUGCUGGUGGCCGGAUCCCUGAGUUUAGUGACUAUUAUAGGGAACAUCCUGGUCAUGGUCUCUAUUAAAGUCAAUCGCCACCUCCAGACCGUCAACAAUUACUUCCUGUUCAGCUUGGCCUGUGCUGACCUCAUCAUUGGCGUGUUUUCCAUGAACCUGUACACCCUCUACACUGUGAUUGGCUACUGGCCCUUGGGACCCGUGGUGUGCGACCUGUGGCUGGCCCUGGACUACGUGGUCAGCAAUGCCUCAGUGAUGAACCUGCUCAUCAUCAGCUUCGACAGGUACUUCUGCGUCACCAAACCACUCACCUACCCUGUCAAGCGGACCACCAAAAUGGCAGGCAUGAUGAUCGCCGCGGCCUGGGUCCUGUCCUUCAUCCUCUGGGCUCCGGCCAUUCUCUUCUGGCAGUUCAUUGUGGGGGUGAGAACUGUGAAAGAUGGGGAAUGCUACAUUCAGUUUUUCUCCAAUGCUGCUGUCACCUUUGGUACUGCCAUCGCCGCCUUCUACUUACCUGUGAUCAUCAUGACUGUGUUAUACUGGCACAUCUCCCGGGCCAGCAAGAGCAGGAUAAAGAAGGACAAGAAGGAGCCUGUGGCCAACCAAGAUCCAGUGUCCCCGAGUCUGGUACAAGGCAGGAUUGUGAAACCAAACAACAACAACGUGUCUGGCGCUGACGACGGCCUGGAACACAACAAACUUCAGAAUGGCAAAACCCCACGAGAUGCCGUGACUGAAAACUGUAUCCAGGGCGAGGAGAAAGAGAGCUCCAACGAUUCCACCUCAGUCAGUGCUGUCGCCUCUAAUCUGAGAGAUGAUGAAAUCACCCUGGAUGAAAACACAGUUUCCACAUCCCUGGGCUAUUCCAGAGAUGAGAACUCUAAGCAAACGUGCAUCAAAGUUGUCACCAAGACCCAGAAAGGUGACUUGUGUGCCCCUACUAACACCACCGUGGAGCUAGUUGGUGCUUCACGACAGGACGGAGAUGAGAAGCAGAACACUGUAGCUCGCAAGAUUGUGAAGAUGACGAAGCAGCCUGCUAAGAAGAAGCCCCCUCCUUCCCGGGAAAAGAAGGUGACCCGGACAAUCUUGGCUAUUCUGUUGGCUUUCAUCAUCACGUGGGCCCCAUACAACGUCAUGGUGCUUAUUAACACCUUCUGCGCACCUUGCAUUCCCAACACGGUGUGGACAAUUGGUUACUGGCUGUGUUACAUCAACAGCACCAUCAACCCUGCCUGCUAUGCACUCUGCAAUGCCACCUUCAAGAAGACCUUCAAACACCUUCUCAUGUGUCAUUACAAGAACAUAGGCGCUACCAGGUAAAGCGUCUUUGGGAAGAAGGAAGGUCGUCAAGAGUAGGAAGAAGAGGGACAAAAGAGCUAGUUUUAAAAAAUCUCUGCCAUUGCACUUUAUAGUCUUAUUAUGGACGUGCAGUUCAGGAGCCCGACAGUGACACUCAUGGUGCCUAUGCUCCAGUUUGAGAAGCUUGCACCUUAUAAACCCUGCCUAUAUGGGAGCAGCGAGACCAUGAAAGAGACACAUUGGAAUUGUGGAUUGAAGGAAUGACCCACGUUUUCUCAUCGUCUCUUGAAGAAGGGCUUCUGAGUCUACAAUUUUAUCAGUCUCUGCACAAUAAGAAAAACCACCUCCUUCCUUUUUUUUUUGUUUGUUCCCAUGUGUUUAUAUAAGGAUGAAAGGCCAUAGUUACAAGCUAACAUGGACACUGAAACAUAAAGACACAUUGUACAACGGGGAAGUGAAGAAAGAAAAACGGAUACAGAAACGGUCUCCAGAGUGUUCAGCAUAUAUUAUUCUUUUGUUAUGGUUUUAUUAGGAGGCUUGCAAUGUAAUAAAGGCCUUUUUUUUUUUUUUUUACCAUCACCAUGUACCCACCAUCAAAAGAAAGCAAACAAACACAACAAACCCAACUGGGUCACAUCAUUAUUUUUCUCCUAUGGCAUUUGUUUUUGUACUUCCCGCAUCUACACUGUGUAAGGGCAUAUUCUACAGGACUUUCACUAAACUCCAACCAGAGACAGCCCUAAAAAUGGGCAUUUCUCCCCUGCCCACUGUGUCCUUUGCAUCCUUUGAGGGUAUAAAAUCCUGUAAGGAUGAAGUUCACUUACGAUCCUCUAUGUGAAAUGUUUUCACCAAUCUGGUUUUCUCCUAAAAUAGCCUCUUAUUUUCAUAGAAUAGCCCCCCUAACUCCUAAACACGCUGGAGGAGCCCAAGUGAUUUUUUUUUUUAAUUGAGAUUUCACAAGCUCAAUAAUGGUCAUUCCAGUGGGAGAAAGUUUAUGGAGGCCAGACAAGUAGUGAGAUAAGAUCAUGGAAGAUUGAAAGGGCAGUGUGUUUCAACCCAAAGCUGCCUGACCCAUGUCUGAAAUGCUAACUUGUUAAACAUGAACUCCUGGCCUUUGUCAGCAGGAAAAAGAUGCCAUUUUUUUUCUUUUGGAAUUCUAAAUAGGAUUAAGGUACUCACAUGGCACCAAUGACUUCUGAGUCAGCCUCAAGAAAUGAAGACUUUUUCUUCAGUGCCUUCUGAAGGCUGAUAUUCAAUAUCUAGUCAAGUGAGCUUGUUUAUGACCAUCCUGUGACCCAGUGGAGGAAAAAAAAAUAGUCACCAGAAACACACGUUACAUAUUCUUCAAAUUGUCGAUUCUCCCUAAGAUUUUUUUAACUUCAAAAUUCUAUCAAUAGAAGUAGAGUAAUCUUUGUGACAGAAAUAUAGUGGAUAACCAAACAGAGACCAGGUGAGUUCAGCAGAAUCCAAAAGAAGAAUGUAAGUGACUGUACCUGUGUCACUUCCCACAAUUUCUCUAAUUCUACACCAUAAAAAAGUCAUAUCAGGAGUUAAUAAAGAAUCUUGUCCAUGUAGAAACUUUUUAUUUAGUACCCUCAAAUAAAUAUAUGAUUAUAUUCACAUUUAAGUAGUUAUUUUUAUUCACCAUUUGUUUUUAUACUAUAUUUGCUAUAAUGUUCCAAUCAAAUUUUCUAAAGAUGAUCCAAUCAGUAGAAAUCAAACUUAUAAAAGCCUUUUCAAAUUUCACAUUUUGCCUUUUAGAUUUAUGGACUUGAUGAUAUCUUGACCAGUAAUAUCUAUGUGAGCUGCAUGAUGAAUUUGUCAGUAUUAGAGCUUAGCACUUUAGAGGUAUUUUUCUGUGACUUACCUUAUUGAUGGCACCUCAAUGAUUUUGAGAGUUAAAAAAAAAAAAAAGCACAACAUAA